AUGAAUCGUGUUGCACUUGCUGCUCAAGCUAAUGAACUCUUCGGCAAUGAUAUAAUGAAUCCACAACAUAAACUCAAAUGGAUGGAUAAGCCCGCUGGUGAUCCAAGUCCACUUUCUUUUUUAAAACCAUUAGAUUCAUUAUUAGUUAAACAAGUUGUUUCCAUAUCUGAAUUUAUGUUGUCAAUGUCACCUCAAGCAAAAUAUGGAAUUUUUAAUAAUAAAGGCGAACAAGUUUAUUACGCAUUUGAAGGUAAACAUUUUAAUUAUAAUCUUUUCUUAAAAGAGAAGAAAAAAAAAUCAUAUUAUUUAGAAAGCGAUAUUUGUCAACGUAUAUACUGUCCAGGAACUCGUCAAUUUGAUCUUCAUAUUGUUGAUAGUACAAAUCAAGAAAUAAUUCGUGUUAGACGUGAAUUUAAAUGUUGUGCAGGACAUGUUUGGUAUGCUUGCUGUGAAGCAUGUCGUCAUGAAAUAGUUGUUGAAUCUCCUCCUGGUACUGUAAUUGGUUAUGUUACUCAGGAAUGUAGUUUUCACCGUGUGCAUUACGUUCUUAAAAAUGCAAAUGAUGAUGUUGUAUUGAAAAUUGUUGGUCCAAGAUAUAUGUGCGAUGGACCAUACGCUUGUUGUUGUGAAAAUAAAUUUACUCUACUUGGUAAUGAUGGUGAAGCAGAAAUAGGAUCCAUUUAUAAAAAAUAUCGAGGAUAUCUUGCUGAAGCAUUGACUAGUGCUGAUACAUUCACUAUUCACUUUCCAAUUGAUUUGGAUGUUCAAAUGAAAGCAGUUGCACUAAGUGCUUUAUUUUUAAUUGAUUUUGCUCAUUUUUCUGAAGCACCUCAACGUCGUGGGCGAUAA